AAAAAACAUCCCUACUUAUUAAUAUGAAAAAAAAAUUAUAAUUUUAGUUUUAUUAUAAAUAAUGUUAAUUAAUUUAUUCCCACAGUCCAAAAAUAGAUCAAAAAGUGCAAAUCAUGAUUUUGGGUAAAUUGAAACUAAUAAUAUAUUGCAACGUGUCUGGUCACAGGGACUACCUUGAGUUUUGCAUAUGUGAAAAAAGAUCCUAUAAUUUUGCAAGAAAUCUUUAAAGAGACUUUGAUAUCUGUGGUCAAUUUUGAUUCUCAAGUAGAAAUUUACUCGUAUUCAUGGGAUGAUGCGGUCUUUUGUUUUUAGGUUGCAUUUGACCUUAGUUGAAAAAAGUUUGUGUUUCGAUUUCUUCAGGAUAUUCGUUAGAAUUUGGACAGUUUGCGCAAUUGAAAGAGGUAAAAUUUGAAUUUGACGUAGUUCGGAAGGAAUUUGGAACCGGUAGAGGUUAACGAUUUCUCUGCAUUGUCUGCCCUUUAGGUGUUCGACGAAAUGCUGCAAAACAAAGAAAUGGUUUAUUUUUUGUGUCUAUUGAUUUCAUUUUAAAUGUCUCUCACAAUGUGCAGUGAAUGCAAUGAGUGGUUUGAAAUUUGUAUAAGUGUAUGCAAGUUGGGGAAUGGGGAUGGACACAUAAUGCACCUAGAUUAGGCGAGGGGGUUGUAUCCGAAAAUGAUUUUGAUUUUGGAUUGUCCUUAGUUGGACAGCAUUUGCCUAAGGAAAGAAGCUUAGAUACCAAGAGAUUUGGAUCGAAUUAACUUUCAAGAAAGGAUGGAAGUUGAUCCCGAAAUUGGCGAUGUGCCUUGUAAUGAUUUCGAACCUCUUAUGAUUGAUAAAGGAUGUAACACUAGCUCGAAUAGCUUUAAUCUUAUGGACUACCGUAGCUCAUCUCAAUUGGAAUCAGAAAGUUCGAUUACAGUAGCAUACUUGCUGAAAACGGCGUUUUUUAUAUUCGUCUGGUACACAGUCAGUACAUUACUCACACUGUAUAAUAAAACUUUACUUGGGGAUCAUAUGGGGAGAUUCCCUGCUCCGCUAUUGAUGAACACCAUUCAUUUUGCUAUUCAAGCUACUUUGUCAAUGGCUAUAACAAGGUUUUGGCCUGACAAGCAUCAUUCCCCAGUCAUGUCCUGGAGGGACUAUUUAUCCAAAGUUGUACCGACGGCUGUCAGCACUGCGUUGGAUAUUGAUUUAAGCAAUGCCUCCCUGGUUUUCAUCUCUGUUACCUUUGCCACCAUGUGUAAAUCAGCAUCACCAAUAUUUCUUCUACUGUUUGCCUUUGCUUUCAGAUUGGAGUCUCCAAGUGUUGAGCUGCUUGGAAUAAUCUUAAUCAUCUCCAUGGGUGUAUUAUUAACAGCUGCAAAGGAGACAGAAUUUGAGUUUUGGGGGUUUUUAUUAGUUAUGCUUUCGGCUUUUAUGUCUGGGUUACGGUGGACAAUGACACAAAUUCUUCUCCAGAAAGAAGUCUAUGAUCCUUGGGAUGAGUUCAAUAUGAGCAAUUACUUUAACAGCUGGUGGCAUACAGUGAGGAGUUGUCUACUGAUGUCAUUUGGGGGAAUUCUAGCUUUCGUCAUGGUGUUGUCUGAGUACAUUCUUGUGUCUGUGACAAGUGCAGUAACUGUCACAAUAGCCGGGGUUGUGAAGGAAGUCGUAACUAUUUUGGUGGCUGUGCUAUACUUCCAUGAUGAGUUCACUUGGAUUAAGGGGGUUGGCCUUGCAAUCACCAUGGUUGGAGUCAGUUUAUUUAACUGGUACAAAUACGAGAAGCUGCUAAAGGCCAAGAACAACCACGGUGGAUCGCCAUUUUCGAAGUAUUCGAUUCUUGAUCAGAGUGAUAAGGAAGAUGAAGAAGAAGACACCUCUUAGACAAUCCAAUUUGCAUUUGAAGGAAUGUGUCAUUGCAAGUAAGCUUCUUACAGAUUUGUGUCUUUCCAUUUCUUAAGUUUUUAUUUUCUAUUUUUAAUUAUUAUUUUAUGACUACCCGAGACUAAUAUUUAUACAAGAAUGAAGUAUAAAUCUUCUGUUUUUGUUCUUUUCAACUAGUUUUGGAAAAGUUAGAUUUACCAAUGUACAGUCUUUGUAAAACACUUUUGAUCCAACAAGUUCUU